AUGGCGCACGUGGGCUGGGCCCUGUUCAAGAUGCCGGGAAAGAGGCGCUGCCUGCGCAAGCUCAACGGCUGCCUGGGCUGUCGAUUUCCUGUGUUGCUGGCGCUGGCGCUGCUCGGUGCAGUGGCGCUGCUGUUCGGGGGCCGCCGGGACUGGUCCAAUGACCAGUGGACGUGGCUGGCGCCCAAACGGCUGCUGGUGUACUCGGCCUGGGCCGAGCCUCGCGGCGACGUGCACGAGGUGCGCGUCAUCUCGCUUCUCGCUCCUCGAGGGGCACUCCGGGGACGCCUGCUGUGCACGCUCGCCUACCUCAACUACUCGCACGUACAGGUAGUGGCAGCCCGCGUCGAGCCUCUGAACGCGACGGUGCUGGCGGGUCACACGACGGGUCCCACGAACGGCCAUUCGCUCGAGCCGGGUUUCGUGUUCUGUCCGGGCGACCCGCUGCUGCAGGCCGACGAAGUGGGUCUACGCCUGGUCGACACAAGCCACGUGCACUGGCUGCCCGUGGGACACGCGCCUACGAACAGCGCCAGGCCCUUCCCCGACGCCGCGCCAGUCGCCAAUGUCCGGACUGCCAGAGUUCAGACCAGCAAGUUCAGGGCAGUGGUGUGCGCUCUGUCCGUAUUCGACUCGGUGACCGAGGAUCUGCUGCUCGGGGAGUUCGUGGCCCACUACACAGAGCUGGGCGCCACAGACUUCGUCUUCUACAACCGGACGGAGUCGCGGCGAGCUCGCACGUUCUUCGGGGCCCUCACUACGGUGAGCUCGGUCGCGUAUCUGCCUUGGACUCGUCACGACGCACGCCCUCUGCUGGCGUACGACUGCGCGCUGCGCAUGCGCGGUUACGCCGACGUCCUGGUCGCUGUGGGCACGGACGAGCGUCUGGUCCCGCGGCGGGCAUCGGCCGAAGCCGACGGGGGCCAGGAAAGCGGCGGCGGCGGCAGCGACGACGCCGGCAACUGGAGGCUCCCCGACGUGCGGGGUUCGCUACUGGUAAUGUCGCGCAAGACCUUCUGCGGAGCGGACUACAGCGAACACCAGGGCGUGGCGAUGCUGAUGCCGCGCCGCCGCAGACUCGGGGACACCCACUCCGCCGGAGUGGUGGCUGCUGGCCUGGACGCGCUGCUCACCGGCACGCAGGGCUCGCACCACUCGAGACGAGUGCUCGUGCACAGGUAUUCCGGCGAAGAGUGUCCCGCCGAUGGAGCAGUGGUAGACAUGUCGGCAGCUGAAGUCGUGCGUCGGACGCUGUCGUCGCAGCCGAUGAUCCUAUGGAAGGCGCUGUUCGUCGGCUGACACUGGGUCAGGGCGCGCAGCAGCCACGGAGGCCAGACACCUUAGUCGAGCAAUCGCUGCCUCCGUGAAGGCUCAACGACCCGAACUGCAUGCAGCUGCUGCUGCCUGUCCACGUGCUUAUAGCUCGAAGACGCUUGUGCGUGCGCGCGUGUGUGUUUGUGCGUACUUCGUUUUUCCGUGUGUCACCAAAGAAAAAAGAAAACUGCGCGAAGACGUUCGUCUGGGUUGUUGUAUACAGCUGCAUGCAACAGACAAUGGACAAGCAAAAGUGACCGAUGACCGGGGAAACAAUGUCGCAACAUCAUUUAAAAUUAUGGCUCCAGGACGUGCUAAUUUCUACAGGCCACUCCCGCUUUUAAAUAUGAAUCGUUCCGGACUUUUGUCAUUGGCAUACUCGGCAACAGAUCAGCGUGUCGUCGCGAUUUUACCACCUUGGUGGUCGGUCACUUGUGCCGUGGCCUCCGCGAUUAGCUCUGGCAGCGCGCCGGCGCGCUGGCGGAGCUAAUCGCGGAGGCCACACUUCUGCUAAUCUUUUUCCGCUGCACCCAUAUUUAUUCUUCACCUCUUUGUUUAAGCAGCGGGCCUCGGCAAUCAAACUGAAGCAGGGUCACGAUUGUGAAAUCAGUGAUCUGCGUAUGUGCUAUACCUUGGGAGGUACUAUACCUAUAUACGCCGGUGGCACUCCCACAUCUAUCCCUUUGCUGCUGGUUUCCCACAAAUACUCUAGACGUAUCCUGCUUAUCCCAACUAGAUGAUACUCCUAUCAUAUUUUUGACCGUGAGAAUUCCGGACAAGAACAUUUUUCUUCAACUGACAUGAGUUAUUCGUGUGAGUCUCUUCUAAAUGUUUUUCCCUUCACGGGUCCUUAUUCACCUUGGAGGUUUCCGUAGCACUGAUUUGCCAUUCUCAUUAGAUUCUAACCUCAGCGACGCUUCUAGCUUGGUGAAUAUAUUUGCGUUAAAAUGCAAUGUACAGAGUCGUGUGUUUAUUUUUUUAAAGCAUAUUGUCUUACAUCACUGCGAAUAUUUACCCCUGAAUGUUUUGUACUCAUGCAAGGUCAGCUCGAGCACCAGAAAGCAAUUAAAGCGUCUAGAUGUUCGUGUUAUCACAUCUUUGUGUUACCGUACAAGCUUUUUUUCCCCAUUAUCUCUUGCUUGCCGCCUUCGUAAAACUUUGCGGACCUCCUCGUUUCCAUCUUUUCGAUCUUAUCCUUUUCCUCCUUUUCCUCUCAGUUUAUAAUAUAAUUUUUCUUUCGAUGACUCUGGUUGUCAACUUGUUAAUCCACAUGCUCCACGCUUGGUUUUGAUGUGAAGACUACAUACCACAGCUAGGGGGUGUUCGGAAGAGCUUGUGUUGGGUCUAGUCGGAACAUGAAACAGCGCUGCAAAGUUUAGCUGCGCUUCGCAUGUGAUGUUCUUGUCUCCCGUCUUUUCGUAAACUUUGCAGCGCUGCUUAUUCCACUAAGGUGAUGCUCCUUCGAAGGUGUCUCUUGAAAAAAGGCAAUGACAAUAUACACAAGGAAAAAAACCAAACGAUGUGUUUACUUUCUUGCAAAAAAAAAAAAAACAUGCUUCGCUUUUGGGGCAGCGCAGCGCGUGAACACUCGAUACCGACUUCCCCUCCAGCAACGCAGGUGGAUUCAGUUUCACUCUUCCAAGAACUUUUAACGUCACAGUUUCGUGUCACCGCACUUAUCUCUCGAACGCUAGCUGCGAGCUUACCGACGACGAGCGCAACUUUAGUGAGU